CUAACACCACUAACUUGCACUGUGUCCACCACACAAAAAUUUUCAAGCAGUUUUAUAAUGUUGACAGCACUGUUCAAGCCUGGACAUUUUCUUUCUAUUUGAGCUGUCACACGGGAUAAGAGUGAAAAUGGUUAACGUACCGAAGCAACGUCGCACUUUCUGCAAAAAGUGCAAAUGCCACAAAUUGCACAAAGUUACCCAGUACAAGAAGUCCAAGGAACGUAAAGCGGCCCAAGGAAGACGUCGUUACGAUCGUAAACAGCAAGGUUUCGGCGGUCAAACCAAGCCUAUUUUCCGGAAAAAGGCUAAGACCACCAAGAAAAUCGUCUUGCGUAUGGAAUGUACAGAGUGCAAAUUCCGUAAACAAACACCACUAAAACGUUGCAAACAUUUCGAAUUGGGCGGUGACCGUAAGCGAAAGGGACAAAUGAUCCAAUUUUAAGCUCUUUGUGUUUGAUCUUUUAUUUUCCAUCAAAAUAAAUUUGAUAAUUCAAAGUUA